UCCGCUUGCGACAACACGAAGAAAGACAAACGUCUCCAAAUCCCGUCUAUCAUUUCAAGUCCUUCAAUAUGCCUCUCGCCACCGUCCACCUCGUCGCCCUCACACCCAAAACCUCCAUUCCAGCCUAUCUCAAAAACCUCUCCUCUGUCAAACCACUCGUCACCUCCCGCGUCAUCCGCUGGAUCAUCCGCCCCGAGAAGCUCUCGACACACCUCCCCAACGCAAAAUGGGACCUCCUGAUCAUCCUCCCGGCCUCUUCGCCCUUGCCGAAAUCCUGCCUGUCCGAGGACUACAUCACUCGCCACUGGAGCAUCACAGCCGGCGUACCGUCUAGCAUAGUCAAUGGCUUCCAGGACCGCAACGAGAGACUCCUCAAGCCGCAGCAGGGCGAUGUCCCAGCUCUAACGGGAUCGCUGAAGAACCCGCGCAUGACCAAGUCGACUCAAGGACUGGAGUUGAACGAUGAGUUGCUGGAGUGGAGUAAAGACUUUUCGCUCGGAAAGGGAGCCGUGAGUAUGCUGAAUCUGCUAUCUUUCCACCCGGGCAAGGAAGCGCAUGACAGCUAUUUGCGGUAUGGCAAGGCUUUUGGGGAGUCGAUUGGUAAGAAGCGGGGUGGGAAUGCGAAGAUUGUGGGGAAGGUGGUGGUGGAUCAGGGAACGCGGGAUGAGGAUAAGUAUGGGUGGGAUGAGGUUGCUUUGGCGCAUUAUCCGAGCAUUGAGCACUUUACUGAUAUGCUGGCGAGUGAGGAUUACCAGAAGGUCAACCAUGAGUCGAGGUUGCCUGCGCUGCUUGAUACUUGUAUCUUGUGCACGAGUGAAUUGGAUCCUGAGCUUGCGGGCGGGGAGAAGUCGAAGUUGUGA